UCAGACUGAAUAAAGGGAAUUAAGACUGUGGCUGCACUACGAGAAACACACACAGAUCAAGAAAAACUGGGAAGCAUCUGAAAAUAUCCCAGAUUUUUUUUUUCCUUUUUGCGCUAGUUUUGCUUCAACCAAGAUGGAUUCUGAUGCUGGUUCCACCUGCAGCCGCUCCUCAUCCCCAGACCUGGUGGUGGAUGACUCAGCUGGGAGCUUCUUCUCAAACAAGAUGUUUCAGACAUACUGCCAAGAAAACCGGUCAGACAGAGAGGCCGACCAGAGCGGGGGUGGUAAGGCCAAAACUAGAUCUCAGCUCAGCAAGGAAGAGGUGCAAGACCUGAGACUGAAAGUCAACAGUCGGGAGAGGAAGCGAAUGCAUGAUCUCAAUCAAGCCAUGGAUGGCUUGAGAGAGGUCAUGCCCUAUGCUCAUGGCCCAUCAGUCCGCAAGUUGUCAAAAAUCUCCACCUUGCUGCUUGCCCGAAACUACAUCCUCAUGCUGUCCAGCUCAUUGGAGGAGAUGAAGAAGCUGGUGGGGGACGUGUACGGAGCCAAUGCUGCCGUCCAGAGUCGUACUGCCCACCCAUCGAUCACCCCUGCUGCAUCACCUGCCCACCUCCCCCUGCACCCCCUGGCCCAGUCCCUACACUCUCUGGUUGGCACCAGCCAGCAUCAUCCAUCCACUCCAGCUACAACAGCAAUUCCAGCCCCGCACUCACCUCCGUCGACCAGCUUUCUUGGGUUUCACGCUCCAGUCCAGGGCCUUCUGAAAGACCCACUCCACCUGACCACCUCCUACAGGCAUUUCCCUGGCAUGCCCUGCCCAUGCUCACUCUGCCAAACUUUACCGACACCGACCUCUUCAUUACACGGCUUGGCAAUGAACAAGUAACUGUAAAACUGACUACUACUGUUAUUAUCAGCAUGAGGGCCCAAACAACUUAAAGAAGGAGAACCAACUGGGGAACUGGUGACCGGUGCCACAAUUUGUACAUUAUGUAUAUAGGUUUUCUGCCAUGCAAACUGCUGCUAUUUUUUUCAACUAGUCUCUUCUGUGUUGCUUUAAGAGAACAUAUUCUAAAUGCAGAAUUGAUUUUAUCAAAAGUAGCAAAUACUGUAAUUUAUGUGAUGAAGAACAAUGAAGAAACACUGUCAAAAAAUGAUUUUUGUGUGUCCUUUUG